UAAAGAUUGAAAAGGGAAAAGGCAGUAGAAAAAGCUAACCUCAAUUAAGCGUGAAAUAAAUCCAGCAGCAGCAGCAGUUAGUAGUGGUGGUGAUGACGGCGGUGGCAGCGUGAAGUAGCUGUUCGUCUCCUGUGACAAGAAAGAGAAGUUGGAAGCACUUAUGAUUUCUAACUACAAGUUUCUCAUCAAUUAUCUGAGUGAUCUUGAAGAAACACUUCUUUUGAUGAACAAUGUGAAGAAUUAUGCUGAGAAAACUAUCUUGCUUUCUGCAGAAUGACAUUAACCUUCGAGGCUCUAUUUUUACCCAUGUGAUUUGAUAAGAUGAAAAUACUAACAAUGUAUUUGAAAAUUAUUUCAUCUCUCCGAUUUGGAAUCCAGAACAUUGUCCCUUUUUUCUGUUUGUUUGUUAUGGUGGGAUUCAUGUUAAUGAAUUCACAUUUUCCCGGAGAAUCAACCAAACUAAGGCUUGGCAACCAACAUGUGGUGAUGAAGGCAAAGUUUCAUCCUCGAUGGAACAGAACUAUUUCCUGGAAUCUUGAAGAGUUGUUUGUCAAGGAUGUCUUCAUGCCUUCUUGUUGCAAUCCCUGCUUGUUUGUCAUUCUGAUUAUUUCAGCUCCUCGCAAUGUCGAAAAGCGCAUGGCAAUUCGCCAGACUUGGUGUCAGCCACCAAAUUCAUCGAUGCAUACAGGGGAUUGGAUUGGUUUAAAACUUGAUGCUAGUACUAGAAAUGUUAGGGGUAAUGGGGAUCAUAUCGGUGAUUCAAGGAGAUGGCAGUGUGUCUUUCUUAUUGGCAGGACAAGCGAUGCAAAAACAGAGUUAGCAAUCCAGCAAGAAAUGAAAACCCACAAAGACAUUCUGUUGGGUAGUUAUAUUGAUACAUACCGUAAUCUAACAUUAAAGGUAUUCCAUGGUUUCUAUUGGGUUCACAACAGUUGCAAACCUAAUUUUGUAUUAAAGACAGAUGAUGACUGUUUUGUAAAUACAGGUCUUAUCUAUCAUUUACUCACUCAUUCCAACAAUGAGUUGGUGAAGAAGAAGCUUUAUGUUGGUGACAUCAACUUGACUCUACAAAAGAGAAUUGUAUUGCGACAUACUGCCAGCAAAUGGAAAGUAAAGAAGACUGAGUAUAAUGAACCAUACUACCCACCUUAUGCUAGUGGUUUGGGCUAUAUACUGUCAGCUGAUGUCAUUGCUGAAAUGCUGGACAUCAGUAAAUAUUUCACACCAUUUCCAAAUGAGGAUGCUUUUGUUGGAAUGGUUUUGAACUUCUUGGGUAUAACUCCAAUUAACAGCCAGCGAUUUACAAGCCUGCCUUCAGGUUGGACAAUAUGUAACUUUCUCUAUCUUUUGGUCAUUCAUAAUAUUGCAGCAGCAUCACAGAAAACUCUUCAGAAUAAAACAAAUCAUGCUCCUUUGAUGUGUAAAAGGCAACAUUUCAUCACCACAUGGAACUGAGGUUUCUCAAAACAAGACAUGUUUAUUUUUUUUUUUUCUUUUAAUCUCUUAUUUGAAAUUUCAAUAGGAUAAAAUUAAGAUAUUUUCAUUUAGGGGAGCUGAGGAACAAAAUAGUUAAGGCUUGGGAAAACUUUAAACAUUUUAAUUUAAUUUGAGUCAUACGAAUUCCAAUUUCAUUUAUUUAAAAAUAAUUCUCAUUUAGUUUUCCAGAACCUUUCAACUGAUUUAUGAAAACAUUUCAAGUUUUAUCUGUUUUCAAUUUCCAUGUAAAUGAAAAACUCAAUCCCUUGUUGCAACCAGAGCUAGAGUCGUCUGCCAGUUUGGCAUGUGGCUUCAAAAUAUCGAGAGGUUUUGUAACUGGCAUAGGGUUUUUGGGAGGGGUCUCACGAAUAGAAGGACAUUGAGCCUCUUUCAUCUAAAUUCAGCAUUUGUUCCAAUACUCACGCAAAACACUUGAAUCAAAUUUGUCAAUCGUUGCUAGAAAGAGGACAGAUAAGACAAGUUCAAUUCCACUGUGUGGCACUGUAGGCAAGGGUUUAUUGCCAUAACUUCAGAACAACUCUUGCUCCACUCUUACAUAACUGUACUGACAACAGUUACGCGGAUGAAUUCACACAUUCAUACAUCCCUGUCUACAUGAUUCAUUCUCUACUCCCUUACUUCAUAUAUAUAUAUAUAUAUAUAUAUAUAUAUAUAUAUA